GUAAAACUUAAGAUUCUUUUAAUUACUAUUUCAUGAUUUUUAAACAUCAUGCGAUACCCUAAAAUUACUUGGCUUCGCAAGAUAACGGUGGAAGUGCCCUUAUUUUUAACCUACACCAGCUUUUUAUUGUUAGCUUCAGUUCUAAACAACUUCACAAUCUACAGAACUUGCUACACCUUAUUGAAGUACAAUGAAUCUGAUUGUGCUUUACUGGGAAGGGUAAACAAUAAUUUCACAAGGGAGUUGGAAAAGAAUGUGCAACCACUUGCUAAUGUAGUUACUAUGGUAUUGGAAAUGCCAACUGCAACAGUACCAGUUCUAAUAUGCAUCUUCGCUGGACCUUGGUCCGAUAAACAUGGAAGGAUACCCGUGCAGCUUAUGAGCUUAAUAGGUUUUACUAUUUCUAUGUCCAUUUUUGGGAUCAUGGCCGCUUUCAGAAAUUUAUCGCCGUGGUACUUUGUACUUGCAGCAAUACCUACGAUGUUAACAGGUGGUGCACCUACAUAUUUUGCUGUUAUUUUGGCGUAUAUAAACGAUAUUUCAACAGAGCAUACUAGAGCCUUAAGGAUGGCCAUCUUUGAAGCAGUUUUAUUGGUUGGUCUUCUGGUAGGAACUCUUUCUAGUGGCUACAUUCUUUAUUCCACAAACUAUGAAACUGUAUUUUUCUUAGCUGCUGGAUUAAUUGCCUUAUCAUGGCUAUACACGAUGUUUCUUUUACCAGAGACAGUUAAAAUUAAGGAAGGACAGGAAGGUACUCUGAAAGAGCUUCUUCGUUGUUCCUACUUUGUGGGCAUAUUUAAAACUGUGUUUAAGAAACGAGAAAACUAUGACAGGUGUAUAGUCGUAAGCAUUGUGGUAACUAUAACGAUUAUGAACUUUAUCGCCAAUGGAGAGAACGUGGUCAGAUUUCCAUUCUUGCGAGAGAAGCUAGGUUGGACUUUAACUAAAAACAACUACUUUAAUGCAGCCUCCCAUAUUAUAACCAUCGUGGGAACGGUCGGGGCUACAUUAGUUUUGCACGGAAAACUACAUAUGAAAGAAACUGUUAUAAGCUUGAUAGGGAUAUUGGGAUUCGUUGGAAAUUCGUUUUUGAGAGGGGCGGCUACAAAUGAUGCAUAUAUUUACGUGGGAGCUGUUGUAUCAAUUUUCGCGGGAGCUGCCAUGCCUUUACUAAGGAGUCGAAUAGCGCAGAUCGUACCUUCAGAUGAAAUGGGCAAAAUUUUUGCUCUAAUUGUUGGUUUGGGAGGUGUUGCAGGGCUCUCGGCAGCAUAUAUGUAUACCACCCUCUACAAUGCCACAAUUAUCAUCCAUUCCGGUGCAUUUAACUAUUUUUCUGCAAUACUGUACCUAUUUGCAAUUUUCUUAGUGGGGAUAAUCAUAUGUUUCGAGUUGUGCACUCCUAAGAAGAAGUAUAACCUAGAAUUCCCAGAAAGUGUAUAUAAGCUCAAACAAGAGUCAAAUGGAGUGUACAUUGUACCAACGUAAUAGUAUUACGUAAACGAAGAUUUUACAGUGUUGAAAAAUGUGAUAUUGUUGAUUUGUGCUGGUUUGAUAGAAACCACUGUUGUACUACUAGAUAAGAAGGUUACCAUACGUUAUUGUCGCUUGUUUCUGCUAUUUAACAAUAUGGAACAUAAGUUUUGAGAACAAGUUUGCUUUGAAAUUCAUAUCAUAUUUUGAUAUCUAACGAAAUUUGGCAUGAAUUAAACAAACAAGAAGUGUCAAUAAUACAGUAUUGUGCGAAUUAAUGGAAUCACUGUGAAUUUUUUUUCAUCUUUUCAAUAUUCACAGUUGGCAACACUACUGUGUGUUGGUGUGUUUGAGUGUGUUUUAGGUCAUUUCUUACCAAGCUUGUGUUGUUUUGGGGGUUUUUGUACUAUUUUGUGUUGUUUUUGGUUUUAUUCCAACAUGGAUAUUAC